AUGAAUGUUGACAGAGAAGCGAAGCGCGUGGGUGGUGCUGCUCACGUGCGCCAGAGGUCCGAUCGAGGACACUUUUCUGCCGGCAGAAGGCCUAUAGCACGUGAUAGCAAUCUUGGUCCUACCGAUGAACGCAUUGGCUUGCAUAUACACUUCAUUAUAAGCGGCCCAAGCCAGAUACCUAGUCCUUUUGCGACGUGGUGGCAAGAGCUCAGCGACGCCGACCUCGACUAUGGAUUCGACUCUGACGACUUGGACACCAGAUAUAACGAAGCUGAUCGACAGAAGGCCACACCAAUAGAAAGUCAGGAUAAGGGCGGAACGGGUGUGCUUGCAACUAUGUCUUCUUGGCUCCAGCGUCAAGCUGGCUCAGCCCAUGGACAGCUUGCGACUGCGGCUGUCGUGUCGGGAGCAGCUGUCGCAGGUGCUAUCUUUGGGUACCAGUCAUACAGGCGCAAGGAAGCUGUUCAUGACCUGAAAGCUUCGAUCCCAAGUAUCGAUGAUUUACAUCCCGCAGAGAUGCUCACUGAUUUUGGCGCUGCAUCCAAUGGAAUUCCCCUGAGCAAGGAAGAUGAGCGCAGUGCAGCUCUGGCUCGCAGGGCACAACAGGGAGACUACGAUGACGACUUGAUCCUUGAACAGCUCGCUCGCAACCGUGUAUUCCUCGGGGACGAGGGCCUCGCAAAGCUGCGAUCAUCGUUUGUUGUCGUUGUUGGUUGUGGUGGUGUUGGUUCGCAUGCCGCUGCCUCGCUGGCUCGAUCCGGCGUGUCUAAAAUCCGACUCAUCGAUUUCGAUCAAGUCACGCUAUCAUCGCUGAACCGACACGCUCUUGCGACAUUGGCUGAUGUGGGAACCCCGAAGGUUCAUUGCAUCCGGAGACGAUUGGAACAAAUUGCACCGUGGGUCAUCUUCGAUUGUCGAAACGAGCUCUAUGGAAAGGAAGCGUCUGACGACCUCCUUGGUCCGUGGUCUUUGACCCACGAUGGAGAAGGCCGUCGACCGGAUUUCGUCUUGGAUUGUAUCGAUAACAUUACUUCCAAGGUAGAGUUGCUACACUACUGCCACUCGAACUCCCUCCCCGUGAUCUCGUCAAUGGGCGCUGGAUGCAAGUCGGAUCCUACUCGCGUUGUGGUCGGCGAUAUCUCCCUGAGCACUGAAGAUCCUCUCUCCCGCAGUACACGCCGCAGACUGAAGCUCCUCGGUGUUUCGUCUGGCAUCGCAGCUGUGUUCUCGACCGAAAAGCCUGGUCCGGGCAAGGCUACUCUUCUUCCCCUCCCUGAGGAUGAGUUCAACAAGGGUCAAGUUGGUGAGCUUGGAGUUCUUCCUGACUUCCGAGCCCGCAUCCUUCCCGUACUGGGAACCAUGCCUGCUGUCUUUGGUUACACUGUAGCCAACCACGUUAUCUGCACUAUUACUGGCUACCCACUUGACUAUAACAUGGGCGCUAAGGGCCGCGAGAAACUUUACGAUACCAUCAUGGCUGCUUUGCUAACCUUGCACGAACGAAUGGUCAAACAGGUUACUGGCCAAGAUACCGUGGGACUCCGCGGUCCCCUCAGCAAAGAUGAGGUCGCAUUCAUUGUGGAGGAAGUGUAUCGGGGAAAGAGUGCGGUCAGUGGCCUAUCUAACAGACUGGCUCUUGUUCCCUGGAAAACUCCAGCUCACGGAUGGAACAUGGAUUUGAGCCUAGAAAAGGAGGGUCAAAAGCUUAUCCCCAUGAACCUCAAUGACAUGGUCUGCAUGACUAAAGAGGAGGCUCUCCGACACGAGAAAGAGGUGCUCAAGGGUGGCAAAAACGUAGAGGAGGUGUAUGAUGAGACUGUUCUCCAGCGAUAUCCCAGCUCCCCGUCGGACAACACCAAGUCCCCGGGAUGGGUCCAGAUGACCCUUGCGAUACCCUCUGCGCCGCGAUUCCGGCGUUAUGUGUUGAUCUACUUCGCAUUGUUUUUAUUCGCAUGUAUUGCUUGGCGAAGGUUUCUAUCUCCGCGGUUAGAAGAGGAGGGUGCGUUGACUGAGUCGCUUGAUCCGACAUCGAAGACACGGUGGUUUGGGACGAAUUCGUCGCCUCUGUUCGACAACUUGAUUCCUAUCCGUACAUUGGAUUCAAAGUUAGUACCCACAGACCUUACGAGCCAUGACGCCGGAGCAGCGAGGCGGAAACGGCUUAUUAUUGUGGGCGAUGUGCAUGGCUGUAAAGAAGAAUUGAUGCUACUUCUCAAAAAAGUAUCCUUCGACCAAAAGCGUGGCGACCACCUGAUCUUUGUCGGUGAUAUGAUCAACAAGGGACCAGACAGUGCAGGAGUCGUUGACCUAGCUCGAGAGCAUUCGGCGUCUAGUGUUCGCGGGAACCACGAGGACAGGAUACUACUGCUUCGAAAUGAAAUGGUGAAGUCCGGAACUCUCGCAGCCGCCGCUGGCGAGGAAUCGUCUCUUUCAUCACAAGAGCGUGACGAGCGUGCGCUCGCACGGUCUCUGAGUGACGAGCAAGUCCAGUGGUUGGAGAAUUGCCCAGUGAUUCUGAACGUCGGGCCAGUGCCAAAAAUGGGCCAGGUGGUCGUUGUCCAUGCUGGACUGGUCCCAGGUGUUGAGCUUGAGAAGCAGGAUCUAUUAAGCGUGAUGACCAUGCGGACUAUUGAUUUAGAUACGCAUGUUCCGAGUCCGAAAAAGAAGGGCAUGAAUUGGGCAAAGAUGUUUGAUAAGCAUCAAUCCGUACUAUAUUCGCGCCUCGAGGCUUCUACACAAGACCCUCGGUCGAAAACCAUGACUGUUGUCUAUGGGCAUGACGCUUCUUCCUCCCUUUCUAUCCGCACAUUUACCAAGGGUCUUGAUUCGGGUUGUGUGAAGGGGGGAAAGCUCACAGCUUUGGUUAUCGAGAAUGGCGGAAAGCAAAGUAUUGUACAGGUCUCGUGUCGGAACUACCUCAAGGAAUGA